AUGAGUAGCUCAGAUCGCCCGGCUCUCGGCCAGAGAGCCGCUCUCGGGGCUCUUUAUGAUGCCAAACUCGACAUAUUUCACCCCGGUUCUAUUCUCACUGGCGUGCCUCCAGUUGGUGUUGUGACUGGCCGAUCUGCUGCGAAAAUCAACAACUUCGUCACAAUUGGGGGAACGUAUCGCGAGCGCCACGACGCGCUUGAUAUACAAGGCGACACCACCGCGAGCAUUCUAGCUGGUUUGAUUAAGCCACAAGGAUCAGGCGUUUAUCUCCGCAAUGCCUCGAGCGACAAACUGAUACUCUGCGGAGCGAUUCAUCAUCGUGUUUCCACCGUGCAGCGGAAACUAAACCCCAUGGCCGUGGAACCCCACAACCAUCUUGAUCUCGACUUGCUUCAAAACCGCGACAGCACCCAUGUUGUUUUCGGAAUCAACUGGGGCUUACAUACCGUCUUGGAGGUGAAACAGCACAUCUCCCAAGAUGACAACUACGAGAAUUCAAAAGAUGCAUUCGAAGCCGAUCUGACCAAGCUUUGUAAUUUAUUUGCAGCUGAAAGCCAGGGCAGCCCGAGCACUAUCUCAUCUCAGAUGAACCCCGAGUAUAAGUAUACAUUAUACAGCGAUGCGUUCGAAGAGGAAGGGCUGGUUUUGCAGACAGCGGACGAGGCCCUGCAGUUCAUCGGCCUAAUCCCCGACAGGAUCAAGCAGCGCAGCAACGGCAAAGGGUGGCCAGUAUCAUAUGCCUUGUUUCCGCUGACUAUGUUGCAUCAUUUCAUUCCGCUGCCCCAUGAGCUCCAAGUCACCUCGUCCCCCACAAGCCCCGAGUAUCUCGCCAAAUUCACCAAUCUGUUUGAUAACUACGAAAUUGCUGAAGCCAAGCUACGAGCAUACUUCGCUGAGCUGACUCGCCAUGGCCUUCACAUAUCGGAGAGCCACAUCGAAGAAGUGCGUCGGUCCAUUAAUCAGGUUGAGAAGGCGAAAACACUUGCCCAGGAGGAGUUCAAGCAGGGCCUGGUGAGCGUACGACGAGGUCAAACAGCGUCGACGACUCUUUGGGACUUAUUCGACCAGUUUGACAAUGGAGAUUUCUCCCCGAGGAAGCUGUGCGCCAUCGCGGGUCAAGAAAGCGCCAAGCUUGAUUUCAUCCAUCAUGUCGUCUCCAAUGGAGCCAUCUAUAUCGGCCACAACGGGCUCUCUUACGAGGAUGCUAUCGAUUCCCAUGCCGACGGUGGCUGCUAUGCCUUUCUCUUCAACCGAAAUGCGAUGAAAAGCCAAGAUGUCUGGAAUGACAAUUGUGCCUUACUGAUGGGGCUACUGACACGCGCCCGCCAAACAGCUACUGUCUACGUUGUAGACUGUGAUGCGACGUUCAAGUCCUUGGAUUCGGAUGCUCCUCGCAUUUGCCGCUUCCAGGAUGGCGAGGAAAGCAUCUCCGAUCUACUCGAUCAUCAGAAAUUCAUGGCCGGGAAAUCCCUCGCUCAGUACCACACGAAUGCGUUGGAUACCAGUCUAAACAACAUGCCUGUCAAACGCCGGUUCGUGAAGAUAGCAUGUCCGUGUGGCAAAUGUGAUCCCACUAGAAUUUGCGAGUGGUCUUGUUCUUUCUGUCUCGCUCCGAUUGAAUAUGGCUUCACGGACGAAUUUAUAUAUUGUGAAUGCGGACGCGCACCGUAUGAAAGCUAUCAAUUCAAAUGCAAUGGCGAUCGUCAUGGAGCUGACUACGUUCCCUAUUCUCCCAAGACUCUCGGUGGGCUACUGGGUAACUUGGACCAGUCAGACUACAUCAACAUCCUGAUUCUGGGCGAGACUGGGGUAGGGAAAUCAACCUUCAUCAACGCCUUCAUCAAUUACUUGUCCUACGAAACUCUCGAUCUCGCCAAGGCGUCUGAACAGUUGGAAACCAAUCCAAAUCAACCAAUUGAGGAGAAAAUUAUCAAAGUUGGUGGCCGUGAUGAUGAAGCAGAUGGAUCCAGGGGUGCAUCCGCAACUCAACAGACGAACGUGUAUUCAGUCAAUAUUGGUUCAGCCACAUAUAGGUUGAUCGACACUCCGGGAAUUGGCGAUACAAGGGGAAUCCAAUUUGACAAGCAGAACAUGGCAGAUAUCCUUCGCACGCUUAGCAGCUACGAGAAUCUACACGGAAUAUUGAUUCUUCUCAAGUCAAACAACGCCCGUCUGACAAUCACAUUCCGCUUUUGCGUCAAAGAAUUACUGGCACACCUCCAUCGAAGUGCUGUUGAGAACAUUGUUUUCGGAUUCACCAACACGCGAAUAUCGAAUUAUACUCCUGGAGAUACAUUCCAGCCCCUCAUGUCCCUUUUGGAACAACACUCUGACAUGGGAUUGACAUUGUCGAAUUCAACAAUAUACUGCUUUGACUCGGAAAGCUUCCGAUAUUUGGCAGCUUAUAAAAAGGGAUGCCUUCUCCCCAACGAGGAGGAUUUCCGUCGCAGCUGGGAGCACUCGAGAAUGGAAUCAGUGCGGCUUGUCGACUACUUCAAAACCAGAAAGCCUCAUAGUGUCGUGAGCACUCUUAGCCUGAAUGGCGCUCGUCAACUGAUCAUGGAGCUGACAAAGCCCAUGGCUGAAAUCUCUAAGUUGAUUAGAGAGAACAUCACCGCGCUGGAAGACAAGCAACAGCAGCUGCUGGACACGAGGCUGACUGGCGAUAAUCUCCGUAAAAGACUUCAGCUUGACAAAAUUCAGUUCGAAAGUCACAAACUUGACAAACCUCGAACAGUUUGCAAAAAUGCGACAUGUUGUGACUUUAAGGACAGCGGCAAGGGAGACGGCGAGACGGUCACCAUCUUCAAGUCCCACUGUCACCGGGCGUGCACUCUCAAUAAAGUGAAGCAGGAUGUGGUUGCGCACCCGAAUCUGAUCCGCUGCGUCGCUUUCCGUGGCAGUGAUCAUUGUCAGAGGUGCAAACAUCAUUGGCAGGAACAUAUGCAUGUCCUAUAUGAGCUUGAACAAGUCACUGUUCAGGUGACUGACACGGAGAUCCAGAGACAAUUGCAAGACAAUGCUGGAGAUGUGACGCUGCGCCAAACUGGCAUCGCGGAGGCAUCAAAUCUUAUUGGAGAAUACAAAUCAGAGCACACGCAAAUCCAAGAAGCUGCAGCUCGAUUUGGGCUAUGCCUCAAGGCGUGGGCUUUGACACCAAUCAACGAUGCAACCGAGGAUUAUAUCAACAUGCUCAUUCAAGACGAACAGUCUAAGAUCGAAGCUGGUAGACAGCUAGGACACAAUGUGGACGUCAACAAAAAACGUCUCGAGGGCCUAAAAGAAGACAAACAGGCACACUUGGAGCUCGUCAAUACACUGACCAAACAUAUGCUUGCUCCACGGAACGAGAAAGAGCAACUACUCGAUGAAAAGGGCGUCGAGCAGCUCGUUGCCGGGCUCUAUGGCCUCCCGCACUUCGGCCAGAAUCUUGAAGCGGUGAAAAACACAAUCACGUCCGCCCAUGAAUCCACAUACAGAGAAAGGCCUUAUCGUAUUGGCGGAAGAUCGGGAGUGGGAUUUGGAGCUUGGCGUUCCAAGUCUCAACAAGCGUUGGCUCGUACUAUCAAGACAGGACAGAAAAGGUCUCCGCCUGAGGUGAAGACCGAAGACGGCCACCGGAAACGGCGGUUCUGGCCCUUUUAG